AUGACAAAAGGUUUGAAAAUGUUGGUUGUGUUGUGGCUGUUUGUUUUAACUUGUCUUGUAAAUUUGGAAACUACGUCGUCACUAUCAACGGAGUUCAAGUGGAAGUAUUUCGAUUAUGUUUGGAAAUCACCGGAACAGGAGAAAUGGUACAAGGUGAACAAACAUUACAUUCCUCGAGAUUUUACUCCUAUUGAUGUCGAUCGAUCAUCAGACGGACGUACAUUUGUAACCAUAAUUAGGACGGUUGGAGUACCCGCUACUUUGCAUACUGUGUCGAAAAAUUAUAGCUCUUCGGGACCCCUUUUGGAACCUUAUCCCGACUGGACUUGGUACAACCCCAUUGAUCCUUGCAAUGGUCUGAUUAACGUUUAUAGAGUAGCUAUCGACAAUUGCAAUAGAAUGUGGGUACUCGACGUAGGCUCGAUAGAUUUUCAACAGAUUUGCCCCGUUAGAUUACUGGUGUUCAAUCUCCACACGAAUAAAUUGAUUUUCUGGCAAGCGCUUAAAAAUAAUGUUGCUUACAGUUCAAAGACACGGAGCCUACUGAUUACUCCUAUUGUCGAUACCGAAGGCCUUCAAUGUGAAGAUACGACUGUGUACAUAGCUGACGUACUCGGGCAUGCAUUGAUAGUAUGGCGAAAUUUCGAGGCGGUACGCUUGGAAAAUGAAGAAAUGUUUGGACCCCAAUCAGCACACACGGCAUUCAAUAUAGAUAAUGUGAAUUUCACCCUACAAGAUGGACUUUUUGGAAUGUCGCUGUCACCAAAAAUAUCCAACGAUCUUCGUUAUCUUGUAUUCCGACCUUUGGCUUCGUUAUCCGUACACGCCGUUACCACAGAACAGUUAAAAAAUUCUGUUAAGGGGGGCAAAGUCGAUUACAUUACGGGGAAAGAUGUGUUACCUAGCCAAGCUUCAACAAUGGCAUUUGCGUCGGAUGGUACUCUAUUUUACGGCCUUACCAAGCACAUCGCUAUUGGCUGUUGGAACAUCAAAUUUCCCAUGCUUGCAGAGUAUUUU